AUGCCAUAAAAUGAGUAUAUGGAGCUCCAUAAAAAGCGUUAUGGAGAACGACUAGACGCAGCUGAAAAGCGCCGAAAGAAAGAAUCAAGAGGGCAUCACGAAAUAUCUCGCAAAGCAUAAACUCUAAAAGGUUUGAAGGCUAAAAUAUUCAAUAAAGAAAGAUUUAAAGAGAAAAUAAGAAUGAAAAAAUUAAUAAAAGCUCAUGAAGAAAAAGACGUAGAAGUAAAAGCUGAUUAAGUAAAAGAAGGAGCCGUCCCUGCAUAUUUAUUAGACAGAGAAAAAACUGAAAAUACUAAAGUAUUAUCGAAUAUGAUAAAAUAAAAAAGAAAGGAAAAAGCCGGAAAAUGGCAAGUUCCUUUAUAAAAAGUUAAAGCAUUAACCGAAGCAGAAAUGUUCUAAGUAAUGAAAUCUGGAAAAAGAAAAAAACUAGCCUGGAAACGAAAAAUAAAUAAAGUUACAUUUGUAGGUGAUAACUUUACAAGAAAAGCACCUAAAUAUGAAAGAUAUAUUAGACCAACUGGUCUUAGGUUUAAAAAAGCUAAUGUUACUCACCCAGAACUUAAAACUACUGUCCCUUUGGAAAUUUUGGGAGUUAAAAAAAAUCCUUAGAGUAAUCUUUAUACUAAUUUAGGAGUUAUUACAAAAGGAACUAUUCUUGAAAUUAAUGUUUCAGAACUUGGGCUUGUUACUUAAACAGGCAAAGUUAUUUGGUCUAAAUAUGCUUAGGUUAUGAAUAAUCCGGAAAAUGAUGGAUGUAUUAAUGCUGUUUUAUUAGUUUGAAAGUAUUUUUUUUAUAUAUCUGUUUUGUUUAUUUUUUUAAAAAAAAUUAAUAAUUAAAUAUGUUUAUGAAUUUAUCAUUUUAAUAUUUUG